AUGGCGGAAGAUGACCCUGCCCUCCUUGAGGCACUCUUUCAUCACCUUGUGCUCCCACCCAAGCUCCCGCAGAAAUUCGAUGGCGAGAACAUCGAAAUGAAGAAAAGCCUUGGAGCCCGGCUGCUCAACUCUUCGGGAAUCGUUCGCAGCGCUGGCGAUCCGAAAGUCUGGGAAAUCCUCAAAGCAUCGCUGGAGGCCAUCUAUGACCUGCAUGCCGGCAAUUUCUCCCAAGAGGAUCUCUGGACUGCGCUCAUGAAUGUACGAGAUUCUGGUGGCGCUGUUUGGCUUGCUAUUCACCUAGAGCCGCAGAACGCUGCUUUAAUCGUCCACAUGAAUGAUGGAGGAGAGAACGUGAUCUUUGAGGAGUUUGAGACCGCCGCACCGGUUGCGGAUGUUCUCAAGACCGAAAAUGCCCUCACCUGGGACUUUCCAAGCAGAGCUAUAGCGAUUCCGACCAGCGAGUUCACCGACCACUCCUUUAUCGACAACCUUACACUCUUUCUCGAAGAAGCAAGCUCAAAAUCUUUCGACAGUUUUGCAGCCCGCGCCAAGAAGGGAGGAAAGUCAGUCGUCGAGGUUCGCGACUGUCCCAGCUCCGCCCUCAUCAGCGAGAUACUCAUGCCUCUACUGGAAGGCAUCGGAAGCUCAGUAUAUCCCCGCCAACUACGUAAGCGGGUGCGCGAUGAUGUGGUCUUGGAUAAAUCCGAGAUGCCCUGGCGGCGUUUGCCGUACUGGCUGGUCCUUCGUGUCACCAUCAGAAGAAUAUUGUCCACCCUCCUGGACGAUGCUCAUGAGGCGAUGAGCCGAGUGUACUACAAAUUCAUCAUCUGCGCAUUACUAUCCGACCUUCUUAGAGACUGCGCGGGGUCCAUUCAGCCGGAAAUGACGCUCAUGCUCCAGGCAAAGCUCUCUCGGCGCCUUGCCAAGCUUGAGUCGGAGAGAGAUGCUGCCUCUGGGCGUCUGCGAGAGGCAUACGACCAUUUCUUCACUCACAAAAGUGAUAAAUUUCACACCAUGUUGACCGACGCCAGGGCGCAAGUCACUAGCUCGUGGGAUGAGUACAAGAAGAGCACCGUCCGGAACAUCCCCAUUCUCCCUUAUCGCGCUUCCGACAAUGACCUUAUUCUCCAUUUGCCUAAUAGUCGUGCGGCUUUCCGGAAACUCUUGUCCCACAAACCUAUGUCUACAAGGUCUCGAGUGCUUGUCUACCCUUUAACAGUGAGGGAAGGAACAAUUUCCCAGGUCAAUGCGCUGGCCAGCAAGUACAGUCAAUUGGUCGACUGUGCGGACAAGUCGAUGAAUGAUACCUUUAUCAAGUUGUCAGUCUCCCAAAGACGAUGCGCCGCAUAUGCCCAGAACAUUGAAAAAUUUAUUGAUACAGUUGGAGACGCAUACAAUGGUAACUCCCUGUUGAUGAGUCGAUACCUGCUUCAGCUAUUUGAACUGUGGAUGCGCAUGGAUCAAGAAGCCAUCAAAGCCUACCCACUGCUGGACGACUACCAUCCGAUCUUUGUACCCAGCUCGCUGGAUGUGCUUUGCUUACAGACCAGGCAAGAGUUUGAGCGUCUCAGCCAAGUCCAGCAGUAUCUUGAUUCUCGUAUCAAUGCCCUCCCACUAGACCAUCAGACCAUCUUCGCCAAUCCUAUCAGAUCUGAUUCCUUCCCUCGCAAGUUUAUUGACAACACUGCGAUUGGGAAAGAACUGAUAACUCUCGGCCAACAAAUCGAUGCUGAGUCGCAGAAGUCAAAAUCUUCCAAGCAAUCCGAGCUUGAUAGGCUGACAAAGAAGUACGAUAAUCUCACCCAAGAGAUCCAGAGCAUGGUAUGCGUCUGUGUUCGUCUUCGGGACGGAAGUAAGGACGUCAACGGCUGCAAGAGAUGCUGGAAGUUUCGAAACCGAAAGCGAAUCAAGAUCAGCGCCUAUGAAGAUCUGCUUCCCACCACUGGGACAACCGAAACGACGGCGCAACGGGCUGCCAUACUUUUCCAACUAAGCAUGCCAGGCACCCUUUGCACAUACCGCAAAGCCGUCUGGAAGCUAUACAUAUUGGGGACGGCUCAACUGUCACACAAUAAACACGGCACUCCCAAGCUUCUAUUGGAAAACCUGGAGAAACUUCAAAAGUUCGCCAAAAGCCCAAGCUACAUAACUCUAGCGUCCAGCAAAAAGUCAUUCAGUCAGACUCACUACUCACAGAUGCGACUACCAAAACGGCCUUCAGAAGUCUUGUUUCCAUUUGGAGCAGAAUUUACUUAUUACGACACUUCGACUUCCACCUGGGCUGACCAACUCCCCAAAGUACCAUGGUUCGCGCAUCUGCUUGGCUCCUGGCUUCCCAAGGGUAUUUCAGAUCCCUACGCAUCUGGCCAGAGUUUCGUACAAGACGGCCGCCCCUACCAUCCCUCUUCCUACGCCAUCGUUGCCAAUGAGUUCAAUUGCCCCUCAGAACUAUCGAUACCCGAGUAUUCUGCUUUUCAACGAGUAGUCUCCGCACGAGGCCGACGCUGGCUGGUCCUCCUCGUCGAGCUUGGAACGACCAAUUUUAACUUCAGCAGCGAAGUUACGAUGAAGCUACUCAACAAUUUGGCUGUUCAGGCUGGUCCAGCAAUUCAUGAAACCGGUGUCUUGCGCGAAGCGCAUAUUCCUUUCGAUGAUGAGGCUUUCUGCAACAGAUUGUAUGAGCUACUUCGGGGUCGGCUCGAUGCUAUAACAUCUAGCUGGAGGGAGGUUCAUUACAUGAAUGUACUUGUGACAUUGAGUGUACAGCUUUACCAUCUGUGUCCCGAAGAGUUCCAGUCAAAGGCUGAGACACUGCUGGUUACCAUUCGAACGAUUACUUGUGGGUGGAUUGCCCACCUCCGGAAUGAGAUCCGCUCAACUUCCGAAAGCGAAGUCGCAAGCAAGUCUGCGACCUUUGCCUUCUGGGCUGCAUUACUCAGUCGUCGAACAUUCUGGGUCUAUAAGGACGAUGCACACGCUCUCAACGAAGAAGACGCUCGUAGCUUCUUCAGAGCUUCGAUCGCAAUCCAGGAGAAUCUCCUCACCGAUCUUGAUCAAUUAGAUCCGGUACAACGAAACCUCCUCAUUGAGGACUUGUCCAACUCCUAUGCCAUGCGAGAUCAGAUCGAAGACUGGUGGAAGGAGAAUUACACUCAGUUGGAAAGUUCCAUCAACGAGACAUGGACCGAUUCAGGAAGCAGUAGUGAAAGAUCGUACUCUCAGUGGGUAUGCCUGACCGGCCAAGUUGGAUGGGUAACUUCUGAUGUUGCAAGAACACAAUGGACAUCGGCUCAGGUUGUACAUUACCACCUCCUUCAAGGGCAUCUCAUUGUCGAUGGAAAGCCUCUGGGGAGACUUCCUCUACAAAUGACCCAAGACCCGGCCGUCCAGGAACUUUUCGGAGAACAGCAUCUACUCACCCGACCCUCUGGUCUUCUGGAGUAUCAGUUGGUCAAUGACAUGAUGGAACACCAGGUACACCUCGGCUUUAGAGAUGGUAAAGUCGUGAUACAGACUUUGCAUCGAGGUUCACUGCUUGAGUAUGUCCCACGAGACAUUUUCAAGGGCAGUAGUGGGUGCGACUUGCCCACAGAUCUCGUCGACAAUUGUGUACAUUGGUUGAACCUACGCACUGGCGAACUUGAGAUGCGCCGAAAACCAUGGAUCUGGAAGACAAAACAGUCGAAUUGGAUCCUCAACACCAGAAGUCGAGUGGCCAUCCGAAACCAGAACAAGGGUAACAUUAACAGGAAAGCAAGGCUGGGAACUAAGCUUGUCGAGCCGAGGUCAAGCGUCGGUCAGCGGAUCAUGCGUAUCUUUCGACAUUUUGAAGAUGUCGACAAAUUGACCAUUUACCAACCGAUCGGAAAAGGAACAUUGUCUGUUGAAAUGAAACGACUCGAAAUUCGCUUUGCUGUCAACAACAAAAGAUUGUUGGAAUCUUCACAACUCAACGCUGAAGUUGAUCCCAAUCAGGAUGCUGGCACCCUCUACGGGCUUUCGAGUCAGAUUAUCCUGCGCAACAUCGUCAAUCCAGAGAAAAGGACAGUUCUUGUUCCGCUCGGUGAAAUAUACUGGAAGCGCCGUACAAUGCACGUGGACAUCAGAAUUACCAACGUGGGACAAUAUGUUAGCUUUUCUGUCGACAAGGUCUUGGGCCGCCUGGAUUGCGCUCCGGAGCCACUUCUGCUCUACCUGAAAGCCGCUCUGCAUGCCUUGACAUCAUUCCCCAUUCCAGAUGAUCUGACUCUCCGUACCGGGACUGAAGAGGCUCGGCACUGUCUUAUGGCAGCGCGCAGUCAACCUUGGAGUCCAUUGCGAAGCUAUCCGCGGCAGAUCCUCUCUGUGCUCAAGUCUCUAUCGCCCAAGAGAUCGUACUACCCGCCAGGGAUAAACCUCUAUCAGAGCGUACAAUGGGACAAAAACCUCACAAUGUGCAUACAACAUGAGGAGCUUGCCUUGCUCGUUGAGUCGAUUCUUUCACAGUCGCAACAGCUCGAGGAUGUAAGCGACAAGAGCGCCGCAGAUCCGGACAUUCAGCCACAGCAGAACCGCCUGGAUUUACUCUUUCGUCGAGGACGCACUCGCAGACAACUCUAUGAGCGUAUUUCCUUCCCUUCCGACAUCGAUGCUCUGACAAGCGCUUCGGAACCCUUUUACUACAACCCAAUCAAGAACAUGAAGGCGAAGGACAGCUGUCGCGUCUACCAGACAAUUUGUGCUUUGAGAGCCAAUUCCGAUGAUAUACCCAGACUCAAACGCCUGACACCACUUGUGGAGAAAAUGGUUAACAUUGGGGGCUUCGAAAACACUUUGACUGUCACUGACGUUGAAACUCUUCUCAGUACCGAGAUUUCCCAGCUCUGGGCUUCCCUUGUACAGUUCUGUCGAGAAGACGGUCAGUCGCCAUCCUACGAUUCCCACUUUCUCCUCGCCCUGUUGGCCUUCGACACAGACAUUGAUUUGAGUCUUAUCCAAUGGCUGGUGGCUAUUUACAAGAACCCUCAGCUCAGAGCUCUUGAAGCUCCUGAUCAUUCGUAUUUUUCCGGCUUCCGUGCCUUUAGCAAGCCGUCGAUGGACAGCAUGACAUCACUCAUCGUUGCAAAACAGCCAACUCACAAAAAGUUUCGUGAAUUUGAUAGCAAAGGCAAGCUUCAAAAGACUAUAUUGACUGUUGGCGAAUAUCAGGAUAAACAAAUGGAGGAGGCCACACUCCUUGCAUCCCGGGUCCUAGAAAUUUGGCCUAACCUACUUCAAUCAGUCGAUGAGUUCAAUGAUGCGACCAGCGAUCUGGCCAUUAGAUACACCAACCUAGACAAGGCUUGGAAGAGCUUAAAGUCAGAACUUGUGAGGCUGUCGCACAAUCUGGAUCUUUCGAAGUACCUCGGGCAGCUUGACUUCACAGCUACAUGCCUCUUGCAACACCAAUUUGAUGACCAGAAGGUCGCAUGGAAGAACAUCUGCUACUCUCAACCAAGCCCCUUGGCAGAUCCACCCGUGCAUGAGUCUGGCGAAGCGUACAGAUUGCCAAGCCUUGGUGAAGAUCUCAUGAAACUCAAGCAUGGAUUCGGACCUAGAGAUGUCGCCAGGGCAUCCAACGUGCUUGAGACAAGUUCUGACAAGCCUGCUCUGCAACACGAACCUACUCAGCAAAUCAUUGCAUCCUCUGCGACAUCCAUCCUACCUGAUAAUCUGUCGUCACUUGACCAGAUCGUCAACCGAUUUUCCCUAUCUUCGGAGACGACCAUUCGGAAGAAAUACAGCGAGGAUCUCCACACGUCACUGACAGCGAUGAUUCAAAAUUACAAUACAUCCUGUUUCAAGCCUAAACAGACAACACGGCCUAUGGAUGUCGCGAACGAGUGUGUACAAGCUUACAAUGAGCUACACCAGUGGGAAGACAUCAUCCGGACCACGUUGACGAACCAGUUUACCGUAUCCACGUGGCUGAAUGAAGGAGGUCUUUGGCCGUGCCUGUCUCGCGUGGCGCUGCUGGAGCAGCUGAGAAACAAAAACAGUGGAAAACUUAGCGUUGAGAUGAAGGCGGGAUUAGUACACUAUGGAAUCCUCAUCACGAGGUAUCAGCGAUUUCUCCGCCUACGCGAUGCAACCCUGUGUUGGGAUGACAGGCGCCUUCGCGAGAAUGUGGAACUGCAAGGACACUCGAACUGGAACCCCUUGGAUCAUCCGGAAAGGCUUCUAUUGGAGAUUGACAAUGACUUGCUCAUUCGCCCUUCACAAAUUGACGUUGCUAGAGCUGUCAUAUCUCCAACUUCUGCCUCGAACUCGGUUCUCCAAAUGAACAUGGGACAAGGAAAAACCUCUUGUAUUAUACCAAUGGCCGUAGCCAUGCUCGCCGACGGCAAGAAUCUUUGCCGGUUGGGCGUCCCCCGAGCUCUCCUCCUGCAGACAGCACAGGUUGUCCAAAGUCGAAUUGGCGGCCUCCUUGGUCGGGUUGUUCGUCAUGUCCCAUUUUCGCGCCGCUCGCCUAUGGACCUAAAGAGCAUAAGACUUUACAAAGCGAUCCAUAAAGAUAUCCGCGAUUCGGGCGGUGUUAUGAUUUGUCUUCCAGAGCACAUCAUGUCAUUUAAACUCAGUGGUCUUCAGCAACUUUUGGAUGGUGAGGUGAAGAGAGCUUCGGAGAUGAUGGAAACCCAACAAUGGCUGGAAGCACACAGUCGUGACAUCCUCGACGAGUCUGACUUCACUCUCUCGACAAAGACUCAACUUAUCUAUCCCAGUGGUGUACCUAUGGCAAUCGACGGACAUCCUCAACGCUGGCUUGUCGUCGAGGAGCUUCUGUCGCUUGUUGAAGGACACAUUCCCUACCUUCAGUCGCAGUUUGGCAACGGCAUCGACAUCAUGCGACGUCAUGAGGGCUACCCCAUCAUGCAUAUUCUUCGUCCAGAAGUUGAGGAAUGUCUAACUUAUCUCCUUAUUGAAGAUGUUUGCAAAGGUCGCCUCCCUCAGCUGCAAUUCAAGAGUGGAGUCGGUUGUGACGUUCCUAGGCUCGUGAGGUCAAUCAUAUCAGGCGUGAACAUUGAUCUGUCGACCUGUCAACGAGCAGCGGAAUUUUUGACUGAUGAUGUUUUUGGCAUCAAGGUUCUUUACCUCCUCAAAGGUCUCCUCUCUGAAGGCUUGCUAUUGACCUGCUUGAAGAAGCGAUGGAAUGUCCAGUAUGGCCUGCACCCUGAAAGAGCGCCCAUUGCGGUGCCUUUUGAGGCAAAGGGUGUGCCCUCGCUGACCGCAGAGUAUGGCCACCCAGACACAACUCUGAUAUUGACCUGCCUGGCGUUCUAUCAGACUGGUCUCACUCAGGCCCAGGUUGUCCAGUGCUUAGAUCAUGUUGUCCGCUCCGAUGACCCCACCAUGCAGUAUGAACGACUAAUCCAUGGGUGCAACCUGCCAUCCCGCCUCGAAUGUUGGAAUUUUCUCACUUUGGAUGAUGAGGCUCAGAUGGAGGAUCUUUGGAAGCACAUGAGAGUCAACACUAGCAUUGUGAACUACUUUUUGAACAAUUUUGCUUUCCCGCAACAUGCUAAGCAAUUUGGGGUCAAGCUACAGGCCUCGGGUUGGGACAUUCCGCUGCUGUCGAACGAAGCCGGCGCCUCGAAGAAUCUGACCACGGGAUUCAGCGGCACCAAUGACAACAAACGACUACUUCCCCAGACGAUCAAACAGGACGACUUACCCAGCCUGGUUCAGACGAACGCAGAAGUCCUCAGCUAUCUUCUGGAAGAGCGAAACCAGCGUUGCUACCAAGCAAUUGAUCCCAGCGGACGACACCUGACUGAGAAAGGUCUACUGGAUCUUCUCAACAAUCAGGAAAUCCGUAUUUUGAUUGACGCUGGAGCGUACAUUUUGGAAAUGGAGAACAAGGAUCUUGCUGCAACCUGGCUUGAGAUCUGUCCCGACGCGCAAGGAGCUGUCUACUUUGAUAGCGACAGCAGAAUCAUGGUUCAGGCUCGCUUUCAGAAGAGUCCCAUUCCUCUUCUUGCAAGCUCUUUCGCCAACAAUCUCAAAGAUUGUGUUGUCUACAUAGAUGAGGCGCACACCCGCGGCACUGAUUUGAAGCUGCCUGUCGAUGCCAAAGGUGCUGUCACACUAGGCCUCGGUCAGACAAAGGAUCAAACAGUCCAAGCGGCCAUGAGGCUGAGACAACUCGGAUCGAGCCAAUCGGUGUCCUUUAUUGUUCCCCCGGAGGUGCACCGCAGCAUCCUAGACCUACGACCCUACGAUGAGAAGAAGCUCUGGCCCAUAACAUCGUCGGAUGUGGUAUACUGGCUUCUCGAGCAGAGCUGCAAGAUGAAUGAGAAGAUGAUGCCCCUUCACACCGCACAGGGUUUCGAUUUCUGCCAGCGCACCAACGCCUUGUGGAAGUACGGCGACUCCUACAAGGACGCAACGGAGACAAAGCAGCUUCUCGAUGCUAUACAACAGCGCGAAGACCAAACCCUCGAACAGCUCUAUGGCCCCAGAGACUUGAUUCCCACCACUGAAGCCAUGGCCAAACUCGACUUCGAUUGCCUGAAGAGCUUUACUACACGCUUGUGUGAGCAGAAGCUUGAUCUGUCAGGCGACUACACAACCGCAUUUGAGGAACUAGAACUGGAGAGAGAGGUCGAGUUCGAGUUUGAACAGUUGCGUGAGAAGGAAAAGCCUGUGAAGUACACCGCUGUGGCUUUCCCUGGUCUUGACCCAGCGAUCACUCGAUUCGUUACCACAGGAAGCCUUAGCGAAGGUGACAGCUUCAUUCAGGCUUUCAACUUUAUGAGCCGCACCAGGAUUGGACGCAAGUUUGGUGUCCAAAGGACAUCGUCGCGUCUCUUUGUCUCAAAGGAGUUCACAAAGAGCAUUGCGAUCAAAGGAUACCGGAUACCUUCAGAAGUUACGCGACCUGUCGAGUGGGUUCUUUGGAGUCCAUUGACGGAUACAGCUCUCAUUGUGAUCCCGGAAGAAGCUGAGCUGCUUCUAAUGACGCUCCGCACUUACGGAAAUCCCGUGUCGAUGUUAACCUACGCGGCGCCCGUGACAAAGACGAUGUGGCGUUUUAAUACGCUCAAUUACUUCACUAUUCCGACUCGAGACGACGCGCCUUCGUUUCCUCCCUGGCUAGCGAUUGAGAUUGGUGUCUUGGCAGGGCGAUUGUACUUCAGCUACAGCGAGUACGCGCAUCUCGUCUCAUGGUUGGGCAUCAACAAACGUGACUUACCCGCGGCCAUUCAAGAUGCGUCCUCACUGGAGACGCGUCUCACCGCGCGUGGUCUUUUCAUUGACCGACCUCUGAAGUUCCUCCUGGAGUGGCUGACCUACCGACGUCAGACACAGGACAUCAUGCAUACACCAAUGGGCUUUUUGUGCCAGGGUAAGAAGCUCGAUCCUGGACAUUCCUUCUUUGCUUCUGCCACUACUUCUCGAGAAGUACUGGAAGCGCAUCCUGAUGUCGAGGGAGGCGUCGACGCGAGAUCGGAUGCAGGGGUUAGUGAUGAUGACAGUGACUGGGAUGAUGGUGAUGACGAACUGGUUAUCCCAGACGGGGAGGAUGGCGAUGACGAACUGAUUAUCCCAGACGGUGAGGAAGUGGAGGAAUGGGAGGAGGAAUUGGAGGAGGAAUGGUGGAAGAAAUGGAGGUAG